UAGACAAAGAUGGCGGUACGGAAGAAAGACGGCGGCCCGAAUGUAAAAUAUUUCGAAGCGUCUGAUACUGUCUCACAGUUCGACAAUGUCCGAGUGUGGCUGGGCAAAAACUAUAAAAAGUACAUUCAAGCGGAGCCCCCCACCAACAAGUCUUUGUCCAGUCUGGUUGUUCAGCUGCUGCAAUUUCAGGAGGAAGUUUUUGGCCGACAUGUCAGCAACCCUCCUCUCACCAAGCUACCGAUGAAGAGUUUUCUGGAUUUCAAAGCCGGAGGAGCUCUGUGUCACAUACUUGCUGCUGCCUACAAGUUUAAGAGUGACCAAGGAUGGAGAAGGUUUGACUUCCAGAAUCCUUCUAGGAUGGACCGAAAUGUUGAGAUGUUUAUGACCAUAGAGAAGUCUUUGGUACAGAAUAACUGUCUGACUCGGCCUGUGAUCUACCUGAGCUCAGAGAUUGAGCCUAAGCUGCUAGGGAAACUGAAAGACAUCAUUAAACGACAUCAGGGGUCAGUGACUGAAGAUAAACAGUCCAGUUCUCAUGUGGUAGUGCCCAUUCCUGCCAGUCUGGAGGAGGAGGAGUGGGUCCGUCCUGUAAUGAAGAGAGAUAAACAGAUGCUGCUACACUGGGGCUAUUGGCCUGACAGUUAUGACACAUGGAUCUCAGCCAGUGAAGUUGAGGCAGUAGUGGAGGAUCCUCCCAGUCCAGAGAAACCCAGAAAGGUUCACGCUAAGUGGAUUCUGGAUUUAGACCAGUAUAAUGAGUGGAUGAAUGAGGAGGACUAUGAGGUUGGUGAAGGAGGCACAAGGAGGAAGAGGAUUUCAGCCAAGACUCUGACGGAUGAAGUGAGCGCUCCGGACGAGAGGAGAGAUAAAAAACCCGGCAAUGCCAAGAAAAGAAAGCGCUCUCCUUCUCCAUCUCCCACUCCUCCCCCACAGGAGAGCAAGAAGAAGAACACCAAGAAAGGGCCCACAACCCCCUACACCAAGUCGAAGCGUGGCCAGAGGGAGGAGGAGCAGGAGGACCUAACUAAAGACGUGGAUGAGCCCUCACCUGUUCCUGCAGCAGAGGAGGGCUCACUGAAUAAAACAGUGACCAAGAAGGACUCAGACUCAACUCCAGUGAAGGGUGGGACUGACCUGGAUGAGCAAGAGGAUGAGUCUAUGGAGACAGUGGGAAAGGAGGAAGAGGAGGGAUCUCCUAGUGUGAAGGGAGAGCCAGUGAAAGGUUCUGAUCUGCAUGAGGAUAAUGUCACAGAGCAGACUCAUCACAUCAUUAUUCCCAGCUAUGCUGCUUGGUUUGAUUACAACAGUGUUCAUGCUAUUGAGCGCAGAGCUCUACCUGAGUUCUUCAAUGGAAAGAACAAGUCAAAGACCCCUGAAAUUUACUUGGCCUACCGUAACUUCAUGAUUGACACAUACCGACUGAAUCCUCAGGAGUAUUUGACCUCUACAGCUUGCCGUAGAAACUUGGCUGGAGAUGUGUGUGCCAUUAUGAGGGUUCAUGCCUUUCUGGAGCAGUGGGGUUUGAUUAAUUAUCAGGUGGAUUCAGAGAGCCGCCCCACUCCUAUGGGACCACCACCCACAUCCCACUUCCAUGUGCUAGCAGACACACCGUCCAGCCUGGUACCACUUCAGCCUAAAGCUUCUCAGACUCCGUCCUCUCAGCAGAUGCUGUCUUUCCCAGACAAAGUCAAGGACAAGCCAACAGAUCUGCAGAACUUUGGGCUGCGGACAGACAUGUACAACAAAAAGAGCGGCCCAGCAAAGGGUAAAAACGCAGCCAGUGCUACACGGGAAUGGACUGAACAGGAGACUCUGCUACUGCUGGAGGGUCUGGAGAUGUAUAAGGAUGACUGGAACAAGGUUUCGGAGCACGUGGGCAGUCGCACGCAGGAUGAGUGCAUCCUUCACUUCUUGCGGUUGCCUAUUGAGGAUCCUUAUCUGGAGGAUAGCUCCUCCUCCCUUGGCCCGCUGGCCUAUCAACCGGUCCCAUUCAGUCAGGCAGGAAACCCCGUCAUGAGCACCGUGGCCUUCCUUGCUUCAGUGGUCGACCCACGAGUGGCCUCUGCUGCAGCCAAGUCUGCUCUAGAGGAGUUCUCUCGUAUGAAGGAAGAAGUGCCAGCGGCGCUGGUGGAGGCACACGUGCGUCGGGUGGAGGAGGCGGCAAGAGUAAGCGGAAGACCGGACCCUCUGUACGGCCUGGAGGGCAGUGGUAUCGCCGGUACUGGCCUGGAGGAAUCGGAGAAGCCUGCAGAGGAGAGCAGUGAGGAGAGCAAAAGUAGUGAUGGCCAACCAAGCGAGGAUAAGAGAGAGAGUAAAGAGGGAAAAGAUGGAGCGAGUGAAGAGGAAGAGAAGCAAGGAGAGAAUGGAAAGAAAGAAGAAGAAAGAGCAAGAGAAGGAGAGACAGAAAGAGAGGCAGAGAAGACAGACUCAGAGAUGGGUGAUGCAGAGAAGGAGAAGGAAGGGAAGGAGGGAUCAGAGGAGGGCCAGAGGGAAGGGGAGAGUGAGGGAGAGAGAAAAGCCAAGGUUGAAAGAGAUGUUGGAGAGGGAAACCUGGCCACAGCAGCUGCUUCUGCCCUCGCUGCUGCUGCUGUCAAAGCCAAGCACUUGGCUGCAGUGGAAGAGAGGAAGAUCAAGUCUCUGGUGGCUCUGCUGGUUGAGACUCAGAUGAAGAAGCUGGAGAUCAAACUGAGACACUUUGAGGAGCUGGAGACUAUCAUGGAUCGUGAGAGAGAAGCGUUGGAGUACCAGAGGCAGCAGCUCCUAGCGGAUCGUCAGUCAUUCCAUAUGGAGCAGCUGAAGUAUGCAGAGAUGAGAGCUCGGCAGCAGCACUUCCAGCAGAUCCAGCACCAGCACCAUAGCAACCAGCCUGGAAACCAGCCUGGCAACGCUCCGCCUGCACCCCAUCAAUCAGCUCCUAACACUAGUGCCCCGCCUCCUACGCCCAGCCCUGCCCCAGCAACCUCCACCAACGCCCCCAACGAAGCCCCACCCCCUUCAGCUUCUCAUACCUCUCCACCCAACAACACACAGACUGGAGCAGUUCACGACUCCAGCGCUCCACUAGCAGGGGAUUCCCUCCAUCCCAAUGCCCUGGUGCCCCCAUCACAGUAAAGAGGGCCAAACAGAGAGUUUGAGGGAUUUUAGAGUGUGGAAGGAAAGAGAUAGAGAAAGAGAAGAGAUUGAGACAGGGGAACAAAGGGAAGAAAAUGUAGUUUUUAUCUUUGACUUUGUUUUUGGGAGACAAUUACUUCUCAGUAAAAAAAAAAAAUGCCAACAUCUUAACAAAAUGACUGAUUCAGCGUGACAUGAGAACCCGAAUCAGUGUAACCUUAGAGAUCCGUUUGGACCAACCCCUUUUAAACAGCCAGAAAAGAAACCGCACAAAAAACACAAACAAACACACCUCUGGCUUAAAGAUAUCAGAAAAAAAAACAGAAUGGAGAUGAACAGUAUUCUUCAGCUUCACUUUGCAUCAGAACACCAGAAGCAGUAUUUUGAAGGGCCUUGUGGGAUUUGUAGUCAGGCUCCAGCCUCUUCUCUGUCAGUGUUUACUGAGCCCUUCACCAAACUGCAGAAUCCACAAUUCUGAGGUCAUCUAAAGACAUGUCAGUGUAGGUACUCAUGCCUGUUAUCAACAAGAAGAGAAAAAGAAAAAAAAGAAAAACUGCACUUUUUAGAAUGUUUCCCCAUUUUUACCUUGGAGAAGUAUAAAAGUCUGAUUUGACCUGAAGCACUUAAAUGUCCUUAGCAGUCUCCUUACACUCACUUAAUCUUUGUAUUCAUUUAAUAGAAGCACUCGGUUUGGAACGAAUUUGAAAAGAAACUUGAUUUUGUAUUUGUUACUCUGUAUGUGUGACUGUUGGUUUUACUCUUGGGACAAUGUGAAAGCUUUAGUGGGUUGGCCUGUUGUGCUUACUUUGAUUAUUUUUUACGUACAAGUUACUUUUAGCAUGACAAAAAAAGAGGGCAACAAAAUAGUGUUAAAAGAUGUUUGCCUUGUCUUUGACUGUAGAUGAAAACCAUGUACUGUAAACUUGGAGAGUAUGUCAUAAGCUCGUAACCUUUCCACUCCUGAGUGCGUGUGCGUGUUUGUGUGCAGAUGAGACGACUUUGUCUGCAGUUUCUUUCAUUCUGCUAUAAAACAGUGAACGUUUAUAAGUCUUUAUAGAUGUUUUGUUUUAAAGAUUGACUGCCUUACACUAGGUGGGCCGCUUACUCCACUGUGGGUGAGACAGCUGGUGUUAGUUCACUGACUUGUUACAGGCUAACUGACAAAUUUUAUCAUGUGUGAGAAAACUUUGGUUGGAAUUGCAGGAGAUAUUUCAGUUUCUGUGUCAGGAAAGGUCAGUCAAGAUGCAGUUGAUCGUGUAUGAUACUAAGAAUACAGGUAGAAUUACUUCAACUGUAAUCCGAAUUAUUUUAGCAAAGUACAAACCUCAUAUCACACAGAAUAUUUCAUUCUGAUGAAGCUCAGAUUGAGCGCGUAUGUGUACGUGUGCGUGUGUUUGUCGAACCCCAGGCCAAACCCACAGGAAGCACGGCUAAAUGAAGGAAAAAGUCUUUGGAUUUCAUUACCUUAUGACUGUCUGAACAGUUCAAACAAGGGAUUUCAAAGUUACAUUUGCAGUUGUAUUCUGUGUAUCUUCAUAUUGUAUUCUUCCUAUUUUUGUAUUUUUAUAUGUUUCUUUCCACUAUUAUCAUGGUUGCAGUAUUGCUGUUAACAUAUUACACUUGUAACUUUGCUCUCUUUCUCAUUGUGAACAUGCUUGUGUUACUGAUUCGUCGAUGUGAAAGUGUCAUUCUGUACCAUGAGACUGGACCGGUUAUGCCCUCAAUUAUUUGCCAUACGUUUCUUUAUUUAAGUUCUCUGCCUUUAUGUGCCAUGUGUUUUUAAAAUACAAUGCGGAUAACUCACUGCUCGACUCUGUUGCAGAGCAGUGAACGCCACAGCCAAUAUCAAACACAGGCUUUCACAGUAAAGCGGUUUACAGCUGUUCAUAUGCAUGUCAACACUCCAGUACACAGUCUAACAGCUCUGCUCACCCAACACGGGCCUCAUCGCCAGAGUUAGGGACGUGAUACGACCAACCCCUGAAGAUCGCUGGCUUUUUCUGUCUUUUACAUUGUGUGACACUAGUGAUAUAUUAAAUAGUCUGUCUGUAUGUUUCUUUA